UUCGCCUCAAGUUUUCAAACGGGGGGGCAUCAAUUGAACUGAGCCCCAAUUUCUAGGGAAUCGAAAUCGUUUUUCAGUAUUUAAUUGUGAAAUAAUGAAAAUAGGGGCUUCGAUUUAAUUGAAUUGUGUGUUUUAAAGGGUUUUGGGGGAAGGGGGAUGGUGUAAUAAGUUGGUUUUGAUUGAAGGAUUGCGUUGCACCUUUGUUAAAAUCGAAACAUGGCGGAGGGUCAGUAUAAUGUAACAAAAACCGAAGUAGACCAGCAGUCCUCGACUUUGGAAUAUUAUGAUGUGCAAGGGGACGAGUCCACCAUUAACGAACACUAUAUUACUACUAUAGGAGACAAUGAGGAAACUCUAUAUUUAUCGGUUGAGGAUGCAAAUCCGGAGACUUUCGAGGUCACUUUAGAGGAUCUACAACAUCUGACUAUCGAAAAUGGUACCGUGGUACCCGAAGAAAAAUCAGAAUCCCUUGACACGGACGGUUCUAAUAUCGUGGUACUGAUGCCGAAACAUUCAAACAAGUUAUACGGGGUCAUACAGGCCCGUGACGAACUGGGGGACGUCCAAAAGUACAAAUUCCAAUUCAGGACGAACGAGGAAGGAAAACUGGAAAUAAUGGAAGAAACUUUGAGUCUCGUCACAGAGGAACAGUCCGGUGGUACUGUCGAGACUAAAAUUGAGAAUUUAGCCGAAGAGGAGGAGGAGGAGGGGGGUUAUGAGUCCGUACCAGCCGGUACCAGUUUACUUAAGACCAAUUUACUGCUUCGUAAGCCAGCGUUCGCAGCUGUGAAUAUAAAGGAGGAAUCUUGCAAUAACUUUGAGGAGGAGGGAGAGCCAUAUCCAGAGGAUGUAACCGGCUUAAAAAGGGAACAAAGCGAACUGAACGUGGUUCAGCAACUUUUAUACAAAAACAGCCAUAUAGAGGUGCAGUACGAGACCGAGCUGGACUCGGAUGUUGUUGCUAGUAGUAGUAGUAGUAAGUGUCAAGUUAGUCCAAUAGAAGAAGAACAGGAAGAGCUGGAUAUAAAUGAAAUUAAUCAUGAAGAAGUGAUGAUCGAUGGUAGUCCCGCUCGUAGGACCAAAUAUGAGUUUGAGGAGGUAGAGAGGGAGGUGGAUUUGAGCCAAACUGAUCCGACAACCAAUCACGACUCAAUCAACAUCCCCACCACCAUAAUAAACUACGUGCAUCAAGAACCACUCGAUCCUCCACCGGCGAAACAAUCGACAACCGAAGAGUUUCCCGACCUGGAAAUAUUCGAGAAAAGAUUCGCGAAAAACAAGGAGGCGAAACAGGCGAAGCGCUUUCAUCAGUUCUUAAAUAGAACGACGAUCUCGUACGCCCCGAUAAGGAACAAACGACUGCCAAGGAAACAGGCCAUAAAUCCGGUCAGGGAGCGGAAGGACGAGGAAAUUAUCGUGCAAGAGGUGAUGGUGUCCUCCAAGGGGACAUUUAUUGAAAGGGGGAGCGUGAGGAGGAACAAGAAGCGAUAUUUGAGGAUCACUGCAACCGUGGAACUCUCAGAUUCAGAAGAGGAACCCACUAAACAAACCCAAACUGACAAGGAAAUCAUCGAGAUACACUCGGACAACGAGUGUAACAAAGACAAACCUUUAACGAAAAGGCCUAGAGGGAGACCCCCUAAAAAGCCACUUAAUUCAUCGAAAGUGCAUGACAAAGAAACCAUUAUCGAAAUCGACUUAAAUAAAGAAGAAGAAGAGUCCGUUGUAAAAAGCAAAAAGGGUCGACCCGGGACUGUAAUUGACCCAAUUAAAUCCAAAGAAAUCGUUUGUCCCCACUGCCCUAAAACCUUCGCGAGCCAAAACAGCCUGAACACCCACAUCAUCCAUCAUAACCUAGAAAACAGUUUGAAGAACAAAGCGAGGAUGAGCACCACUCAAACUAAAUUCGAUUACAAUCACAAAUGCGACAAAUGCGGGCAAAGUUUCAAGAACUCGAUCCUGCUAAAGAAACACUGUUGCACCCAACUGACGUGUUCGGUGUGCCUCAAGACCUUUAGGGACGUGACCCUGUUGAACAUCCACAAAAAGAGUCACACCAAGUCGAACCUGGUGCGCACCACCAGCGUGGCCACCGUCACCCCCAAAAAGAACAAAUCGACGAACCCGCAACCGACUUUCAAGUGUCCCGAGUGUCCGAAAGUGUGCGAAUCCGACAAGAAACUGAACGUUCACGCGAAAACCCAUAAGAAGUUCGUCUGUUUGUCUUGUUCAUUGAACUUUUCCUCCAAACUGUUGCUGGACACACACGUGCGGACUCACUGCGUAAAACCCCCCGGUAACAAGCGACUCUCUUUCGGCGUAAGAAAGUCGUUCGUGCAACACACGCCGCCUAACAAAAGACAGUCGGUACUACUGGUACGACACGAUUGCGACAAGUGCCCCAUGAAGUUCUCGACUUUUCGCAGUUUGUACACGCAUAAAGUGCAAACGCACGGGCUCAGCACCCCCGAUAAGAGUUUGACCGGUACCGCCAAAGCGGCGGGUAAAAAGUACAAACCGGUGGCGGCACACUCGGGAAUACCCGCCAACGAUCGUUUGAAGAGGGCGUACGCCGCUCUGAGGAAGAAAUUAACGGAAACCGACGGUUUGGCGGUUUGACCAGGAAUUUAUUUUUUGUAAUGUUCAGUUAGAUUUAGUUUUUUUUGCAAUUAUUGUUGUAAUUAAAUUAUGGAGACCUUAAAGAA